AGAAGACUCUACAAACUUCAAACUGUACCACUGCUGACUCAUCGACUACUAGUAUAACAUCCGAUCGUACUUUGUUGAAAGAAUUAGUGAAGGAGGAAAUCCAAAAGGAAUUUCAGAAGGAUGUUAUGACAAAUUACAUCUCCCAGAACCAAGGUUACAAUCAUCCAGAACAUGGACCAGGAUACUUUGAUACAGAUCUCAAUGGCUACAGUAACAGAGGAGGCUACAGACACAGAGGAGGCUUCAAUGAUAGAGGAGGCUUCAGUGAUAGAGGAGGCUUCAGUGAUAGAGGAGGCUUCAGUAACAGAGGAGGCUACAAUAAUAGAGGAGGCUACAGUAACAGAGGAGGCUUCAGUAACAGAGGAGGUUUCAGUAGCCGAAGAGGUUUCAAUGACAGAGGAUACUUUAGUGAUAGUAGAGGGUCCAACAAUCGUGAUGAUACUUGUAACAACUAUGACCAGAAUAGGAUAUAUACCAAUCAGCAUUUUCCCCAUAGAGACUUUGCUCAGAGAGGAUAUGGUGACAUGAGAGGUAGAGGUAUAUCACAUGGAAACAGAACAUAUCCAAAGAUAAAGUGUAUGUUAGGGAUGAAAUACAGUAGAACCUGUCUAAUCCAAAGACCACUGGAAUCAGCCAAAAUUGCCAGAGGUUCACAUUUUGAGUUUUUUUUAUCAUGGAAGAUUAAUAAAUGGGACCUGACAGUGUUCGAAUUGAGAAGUGUUCAGAAUAGAGAGGUGUUCAGAUAUACAGGGUUUACUGUAUGUAUCUACAUAUUCUAUGUUUUGGAUUCAAUGGGUUCUAUAAUGAAAACAUAUGUAAUGUCAUAAAAGUAGCACAUACUACGUAUAUGUGAUUCAAUCUGUGUAUAAAAGUUAGAACAAAAAAUUAAGCAGAGAGGGGGAAGGUGAGAUGGUAGCAACAUGCAUAUAAUUUUUGUGCGGAAAACGACUAGAUUUUCUCGUAAUCAAGCCCGGCUCUGGAAUUAAAGCAAAGCCUAAAUAUUCGUAUUUUUAGUAUUGUUAAUCUCCAUGAGAAAUAAUUCCAAUGAAUGGCCCAUGGGGCAUAUCAUGAGAGGGCUUUAUUACAAGAAAAUUGAGUAAAUGUAUGUCAAUAUUUGACUUUUUAAAGUCUUUUGCACAUGAGAAAGAAGUGUCCUUAUUAAGCCAAUGUUUUUUUCAAAAUAGCUGAACAAUACAUAGUCCUAUUGUCCCAAAAAG